AUGCCGCCUCGAAUCAACAUCCCGCCGGUAACCCGGGUCCUUCUGGCUGUGCUCGUUGUGCAGUCGUUUCUGAGCGCUGCGAUCCGCUAUCGCCAAUGGAGCGCGACGUCCGAGAUCGUGAUACCCUACUUGACACUCAUCCCUCAGCUCUCUCUUAUUUACCCGUGGACUUUUCUGACAUCCACGCUCGUCGAGAACAACAUAUUUACGCUUGGAAUUGCCUGCGUCACCAUCUAUCAGGGGGGCAGAUAUCUAGAGAGAGCUUGGUCGUCGGCAGAGCUGGCUAAGUUCGUUGCCAUCACUGCUCUGAUCCCAAACACCUUGACCUUUGCUCUCAUGAUCAUAUUCUUUACCUUGACAAGAAAUGAGCGGUGGACACUGUCCGUCAUUGGUGGCUCGAUCCCGAUGCAAAUCUCCUUCCUCGUUGCAUUCAGCCAGCUCGUCCCGGCACACACCGUCACUCUGUUCCGCGGCAUCCUGUCCCUUCGAGUCCCGAGAUUUCCUCUGCUAUACCUCGGCAUCGUUUUUGUCCUGUCUUUGACGCCGCUUCUGACGACCGCAUCCUUCUCCCUUGCUGUGAGCGGUUUCCUCACGAGCUGGACCUACCUCCGCUUCUACAAGACCGUCUUCCCCGACCUCGACUCCUCUCAGCCGACGUCUCUCCGCGGAGACGCCAGCGAGACCUUUGCGUUUGCCGAGUUCUUCCCCGCGCCGGUGAAGCCGUUCGUGGCUACGGUCUCGGCCCAGAUUUUCGAGGUGCUGGUUGCCAUGCGCUUAUGCACCCCGUUCUCAGAUAACGGUCCGGCUGGACGAGGCAAUAACUACAUCCAAAGAAGCGCCCCCGGCGGCGCGAGGGCUGAGGCGGAGCGCAGAAGAGCGCUGGCACUCAAGACGCUAGACCAGCGACUGCAGGCAGCUACGGCUGGCAACGCGGCGACCCGGUCCCCGUCACAACCGCCGGCGCAGCAGCCCACGGGUCCGACGGUGCAUACGCAGCCGCAGCCCAACACGCAAACGGCCAUGACCACCCAGCCGACGGCGAUGCUAGGGGAGACCAACUACCACCCUGAGCAGGACUCGAGCGAGAAGUCUGUAUCGUGA